AACCGUUCCUUUCCUUCUUUGAUGGUCCGAGCGCAGGAGUGAGAAAGAGGCGAAAGAGGAUAAAAGACGAGGAGACCUCGCGUUUAGGUUUUAGAAAGAAGGAGAACCUGUCCGUGGCCUGUCAGACUCUUUCCCAACACAACUUAAUCCCUGGCCGGUCUCUCAUUGCCGCGUCCGUCGUCGCGCAGAGUGCAUCACCAAGUAUACAAAACACGAAAGAAGACAAUAUACACAAGAAGAAGAAGCACGUUAUUCGCGAGUUUAUGGUGUGCAUAGUUGUUUCUAUUUUACAUCGCAGUGCAUUUUUUUUCAACUACAGCAGUACCCCUUAACUGUAGCAUGUGCUUUCGUUUCUUUGGGAUCUUUAAACAAUAACUUUUCACCGGUCGCUUGAAUACGAAUUACGGGAUGUGGUGGGUGAUGAUGUCGGUGACUGCGAUCGUGGGAGUUGCCGCGGAGGUACGGAUGCCUCUUUCGUGCGAAGAAGCUCGCCUAAAGUGCUUGUUCCGUGACGGUUGCGGAAUGGCCCUCACCAACUACAUAGGCGGUUGUUCUUCGGUGUUGAACGGCCCUGCCGACCAUUGUCCAGAAGUGUGUCAGCAUUCGCUAAUAGCUUUAACGUCCACUGAAGAAGGCAAGGAGCUCAUGCAGUGCCAGUGCAACGAUGAGCUGUGCGAGGAGACGAAGAGACGCGUGGAGAUUUGUCGACCCUCGGUGAUGAUGGCAAACAGGAACGAAACCGUCGUCUCGUGCACCGUUGCUCAAUGGAUAUGCGCAGCGGAUUCUUCCUGUUCCACCGCUCUGUCCUACUACAACAAGUACUGCAGAUCGAUGUUCCAUGGGAAGAAGUGUAGCAGGAGGUGCAUGAAUUCCAUUUCAAUCUUGAGGCGACAGGAAAAGGCUGCGAAACUUAAAACCUGCAAGUGCGACGGAAGGGAAGACUACAAUUGUCCCCUGAUACAGAACAAUAUGGCAAAACUGUGCUUCCACAAGAAAAUACCGGAAGCGAUCAUCCCUAUUGGUGACACAGAAACCAAUCUGAUACGGGAACUUCAACCUAACAUCUCGAAGGCUUCCAGCCCUACCCCGUAUCUGUGCCUGAUAUUAAUUCUUUUGAUUACAACAACGAGGUGAUCGAUCUCGUGGAAGCUUUAAUAGAGAUAACUUAAGCUACCUCUUCCACAAUCAGUAUUGUUCUCUCAUAUUUUUUUGCGCGAAGCUGGUCUCUAAAACCUAAGUUCCUAUAGCAGGAAAAAAAAA